AUGAGCCAAAAAGAAUCGAAAAAAAAAUUUUAUCGUGUGCCUCGUAUGCUCGGUGCUCUCAUGGGCGCUCUCUUAAUUAGAAUUUGGGAUCAUCUUAGUAAGAUAUCAAAAAACAGUCAAACGACAAUAAUCAUAACAAUUCAUUACAUUGAAGAAGCAAGACAAGCUGAUCGAGUUGGUCUUAUGCGAAGUGGUCGAAUGUUAGCUGAAGAUGAACCAUUAAGUUUGUUAAUUAAAUAUAAUCAAACGAGUUUAGAAAGUGUUUUUCUUCAUUUAUGUGUUGAAGAUCAAAAAAAUGUUCUAAAAAGUUCUUCACAUAGUAUUAAUCAGGAUGAUUUAACGAAUAGUGCUUCUAAUACUAAUAAUGAGAAUAUGCCUUCGCUUGAUGUUACUACUGGAGAAACUCCUCAUUCUGAAAUUCCUGUAUUACGUGCAAAACGAACUGCAGUAGAUUCUUGUAUUUGUCCUCAUAUGCAUAAAAUUUACGCAUUAAUGGUUAAAGAUUUAACAGCAAUCAAAAGAAAUAUUGGGUUUUUAAUUUUUCAAUUUUACCUUCCUCUUGUACAAAUUUCACUUUUUUGUCUUUGUAUUGGUCGUGAUCCUCAACACAUUCCAAUGACACUGUAUAAUAGUGAAGCAAUAAAUGGAUAUCCUACAGGAAAUUUAAGUUUACAACUUUUAAGUAAAAUAAAUCCAGAACAAAUUCAUUUUACACCAUUUUAUGAUUUGAAUCAAGCUAUUGCUGCUGUUAAACGAGGUGAUUAUUGGGGUGUAACUGCUAUUAGAUUUAAUUUUUCGGAAGGAAUCAAAAAUAAGUCGAUUAAUUUCAUUGAAAAACAGAUUCAUCAACAUUAA